ACUCUGCUGCUGCUUCCUCUGUAUCGCCACGUCAUCCAUACUUACGGACGGUCGUUUGCUAAGAACAGCGAGGUUAUUCACCAGAAAUGAACUUGGCCUAUUUCCCGUCUGUGUCGAUGAUUAUCCCACGAUUGAGAAGGAAGUUCAAUGAACCGUUGAGGAGGUAGAGGAAGGAAGGAAGGAAGGAAGGGCGAAAAGACGGAGCAUCAUGGCUCCGUACGAUGACCAGGGGAAUAAGCCGCACUCGGAAUGGGUCAGCUGGCUCAAUGAUGCGAUUUCAGAGCUUGAGAAAGAUUCCCUGCUGCGCUCCCUGCGACCAGUCAGAGUUGCUUCACAGGUGUUAAGCCAUUAUGAUGAGGAGGAGGAGGUGGAGACAUCAUCAAGAAGAUGCCCAGGCCUCCCAAUGCGGAAGGCUGAGAGUAUCUUCGGACACCCCGAUGGGGUUCUUCGGUCAGGGCAAUCAGCAUCCGAACAACGCCAAGUGCCGCACAGUCACAGGUCACGCGGAUCAGAAGGCUGUGCCUCCAGCAGCACUCACCGAAAGGAAAAUGUUGGGGAGGACGAGACACGCCAGGCAUACGAUUCUUCUCACCUGGUCAUGAACACUGACAGGAUGCUGCUGACAUCCUCCAGCAGCCUGAGUGCCAAUCCCUCACCAGUGACGGUUCAAAUCACAGACACAACUCGGGAGGCUUGGCUCAACAACACCCCAAGUGUUGGCCAAGAGGACUUGCCCGAGGCCGUAUCGCAUGCUUCAUCAGCAGGGGGAUCGUGUAAUAAGCCGCGGAAACGGCGAUUGCAUAGGGUCAAGCUGUUUUCUGGCAAUGAUUAUUUGGGCUUGUCUGCACACCCUGACAUAUCCCGAGCCUCAUCCAAAGAAUGCCUUCUGUUUCCCACAGGUUUUGCAUCUAACCUUGCCGUCAUCACAUCCCUGUGUAGCCGGUCGCCGUCUGCUGCUAAGCGGAAAGGAGAUGCCGACGCUUCAACGCAGAGGACGCUGGUUGGUGAAAGAUCCCCCUGCUCUCCAAUCUCUACGGCUGCGUCAUUAUCGUCUUCUGCUCUGUUCCCAGCCUCUUUUUCCUCCUCGUCCUCCGCAGUUCUCUCUUCACAGCGGCCAUCACUGUCCUCCGCAGCAUUGCCACAAUCAUUUCGAGUCUCAUCGCAUAGGAAAGCCGAGAAUAGUACUUUUGGACGUACAGGGGAUAACGAUAGACAAUGCAUCGGGAGGAGGAUCGCAUCGCCACGAAAGGGUAUUCGGGAUGGGCCUGAUGAGCAAGGAGGUUGCGCCAAGGCAGCUUCCGAUGAGACCUGGGCUAAUGAUACGACACGGAGGGAGGAAGAGAGAAGGGAUAGGGUGGCGGUUUUCUCGGAUGCGCUGAACCAUGCGUCAAUUAUCGACGGCAUUCGACUAGCAGAAAAGCAGAGUGGCGCUGUUGUGAAUGUUUAUCGGCAUAACGAUAUGCAACACCUGGACCAACUUCUGUCAAAAUGCGAGCAAAAGCGAAAGCUUGUUCUUACCGACAGCCUUUUCAGCAUGGAUGGAGAUUUUGCUCUUCUCCGCCAGCUUGUGGAGUUAAAACGGAAGCACGGUUUCCUCCUUGUCAUCGAUGAGGUAGUCUCGAAGUGGAAACAGUGGAUUCUCUCCCGCGGAAGGUCGUAUAUAUUCUCCACAGCUCUCCCGAUCCCGACUGUUGCAGCUGGAAUUGAAGCGCUGUCCGUGUCAGAGCGAGAGCCUUGGCGCCGAAGGGCUGUUCAUGACAGAGUGGAGCAAUUUUCUGAUGCUAUUGGGAUUCGAUUUGCGAGUCCGAUAUGCCCACUUGUGGUCGGCAGCGAGGAAAGCGCCCUCAUUGCUGCUAGGUUGCGGAUAACCUUCUCGGCGGCUCAUACUCCUCGCGACAUCCAGGCACUCGUCACUGCUCUUCCAGGUUGGGUCAUUUCGAAUGCAAGGAGAUUCGUUCAGCCACUCCCCUUCAGCAGUGACAUGCUGCUCACGCAGCGAAGCGUUCCGCGGAAGUUGUCGGAUCUGGCCUCGAAUGCGAGUAGUGAGGGUGUUGCGUCAAAGGUAGUAGUUCAAUCAACGGACUGUGGAUCACCCGAUCCCCCCAGAAAUGGUGAAGACACUGAAGAGUUAUCGGGAUCUAUGGAUGCAGGGCUUGCUGCAUCUGGAAAUGCAACAGGCAAAGACGCAGGAGGCCACAGCCAAGAAUUGUCGAAAAGGGAGUUGGUGGAGCGUAAAAGGACUGAGCAUGAAGAACAAGUCAAGAAUAAAAAGGACUUGUCAUCAUCCAGGGCUAGACUGUAGGGCCUUAAGGAUCAUAAAGCCGAAACAGGGGAAUAGCGCGCCGGGGUAGCGAGUGGAAGGAUUGUACAAAGGGAGGGACACUGGACCCGGUUUCCAGCAGGUGCUGCUCCCCACCAAUAGACCGGAGCAUCCAGGAACGGGCCCGCUAGCAGGAGCUGCUCGUAUCACUCCCUCUAGCGGCCCUCGCCCAGAAUUAGAAAAGAAAUGGAAAAAAAAAAAAAGACUGUCUGGGCCCGGUUCCCAGCAUGGGACUGUUUUACCAAAUCAAUGAUGUACUUCAGG